UUGGCCCCUCCCAAUAUGGCGUCGCCGCCGCGCAGGCCCGCCGACCUUCCCAAGAUGGCGGCGCCCACGAGCGAGGCCGCGACGGCGUGGCUGCAACAGGCGUUGGAGGGCCUGCAGCUGUUGCUGGGCCGGGUCGCGGGCACCGGUCCGCUGCCGGUCCCCAGACCCGCCGAGCUGCCCGAGUCGCUGUGCCUCGGCUUGGCCGCCCUGGAGGAGAGGCUCGCCCGGGACCCCCAGUGGGCCGCCCUGCGCAGGGCGAGGGCCGAGGUGGCCCGGCAGGCCCCGGAGCUGAGCGCCGGCCCCGAUGCGCCCUGGGCCGCGGCCUGCCAGGCGCUGCUGCUGCUGCUCUACCUCAAGCGCUGCCUGGACCGCGUGGCCGCCUCGACCCCCGCAGCCGGAGCCGGCCUGGGCGAGGCCAGGGGCGCCCCUGCGCUGCGUCCCGACGCCCUGAGCGUCGCCCAGGAGGGGGUCGUGCGGGCGGCCGUGCAGCUGGCGGUGGCGCUGGGCCUGCGCCCGUAUCUGCUGCCCGGGGUGGCGCCCCUGUCACGCGGCAAGACCGGCCUGGCCACCGCCCUGCCCGAGGCCCCACGGAGGCUCCGCACCACCUGUGCCACCCUGACGGAAGCGGCCGAGCACCCAGCGCUGGGCAGGUUGAUCCUGGCGCGCCACCUAGGCGACCUGCUGGCUGGGCUGUGCCAGCUGGGCUUCUGCCCAGCGAGGAGGGCCAGGGUGGGCGCUGAGACCCAGGGCCUGACGGAAGAGGAGCAGAGCAGCUGCCGAGAAGCCCUGCGAGGCCUUUUGGACAGAGCGUACCAACCCCUGGUGAUCCGGGAACUGCUGCUGCUUCAGGGGGGACCCAAGCGGGCCUCCCAUCCCAGCAAGCAGAACAAAGAGUGUUGUCUGACACCAGCCCCAGCCUGGCUUCAGCGUCUUUGUGGGCACCUGCUGUCCGGGAGGCUGUUAAAACCUGGCGGAGUUCAGGCCGUGAUCCGUGGCAUCCUGGAGGGAGCUGGAGCUGGGGCUGUGGGGGGCAACAGUGCAGAAGCAGCAGUGGCUGACUGGCAGAAGUGUGACGCUAUAGCCAAGAUCCUGUCCUCAUGUCCUCAGCAGUCUCUGUCCCUGGAGGAUUAUUGUCAACAGAUAUGCCCGCAGGUUCUGCAGCUCUUUCUCAUCCAGGAUAAGCUGACGGCGCACCAGUUCCAGCGAGUGGCGACUGCAACCGUCCUCGCCAUGGUGAGGCAGCACCCACAACAGGCAGAGAAGCAUCUGUUGCGUCCCCUGCUGGAGCCACUCCUGCACUGCCUGGAGGGGGCAGAAGGUUCCCUGGAAGACCUGCCAGCUGGGACGGUGCUGGUGAAAGAGGAGCCGUUCACAGGGUGCCUGGAAACGGUGUAUAAGGUCUGCGUGGUUGGAGACGAACCCUCGCCCUGCCUCUUGGGCUCCCUGCAGCUCGUGUUGGGGGCCAUCUUCUCCCUCUGGUGUUUUACCAAGCAGAACGCGUCUUUCCUACGCACCCCCUGCCAAGAGAUCUUGUUAUGGUUCCUGGAGAAGAGCGAGCGGCCAGCCUCUCUGGCGGCCCUUGAAGGCCUCGCGGAGCUCAGAGGAACCCUCCGCCUGCUCCACCCACACUGCCGGUUCCAGGUGGCCAGCGAAGGGGGCGUGGUGGCCACCAUCAGGGAGGCCCUGAGCGAUGAGGAUGAGGCUCUCUAUCAGAAGGUUGCAUCAGAGCAGUGGCGGCUGGAGCAGCUGGUGGACCUGCUGUCUCGCUGCCGGAGCGGUGGCCUGGCUGGAGACUUCUUCAUAUGCUGCUUAAAGGAGCUGACCCAGAUAGCCUCUGAGACGGACCCCGCGCCCCCUUCGCCAGGGGGCCCCCUGGAUCUGAAACAUCUCUGCAACCCGGCCCUCCCACAGCAGAUGAGGCAGCUGCAGGUGCUCCAGGUGGUGGCCAUGCUGACCGAGGGCAUCUCAGACUCUUUGCUCACAGAUGUCAGACAGGUUGUGGAAUUUGUGGCAGCCACUCUGCAGCGGGCCUGUGCGGGUCUCACCAGAGGCUUCGUGGGGACUGUGGAGGCCCAGACGCUGAGCAUGGCCAUGGGGCUGGUGGCGGCCAUGCUAGGUGGGGCCAUGCAGCUGAAAUCCGAAGACUUCGCCACCUUAAAGCAGCUGGUGCCCCUGCUGAAGGACGUCUCUCGGGUCCACCCGGAGCCUGUCAUCCAGGAGCUCGCAGCUGACCUGGCCGUCUCCAUCUGCACCCACGUCGCCUUUUCUACAGAGGCCAUCUGUGCCGCUGCCUGCAAGACCCUGGGCAGAAGCGGUGGGGGGCCGGCAGGCCAAGCAAGAGCCACUGCGAGCACGGGCACCCCAGAUGAGACACCCAGACCUGUGGCACCCGUGCCCCAGAAUCCCCCCAGGAGCAUCUCGGGGGAGCAUCGGGGGACGGAGUCGGUUGCAGAGGAAGGCUCUGCCCCCCGGCCCCCCCAGAGCCUGCAGGAACUUCUCCUGGAGGCUUUUGACCCUGAUGUCCCCACGCGAGCGGCUGCCUUGCGUCACCUCUCCCAGGCGAUUGAGCAGAGGGAUCCCGGAGCCCUGAAGAUGCAGGAGAAGUUGCUGAAGGUUUUUGUGGAAAACCUGGAACACAAAGAUGCCUUUGUUUAUCUUUCCGCUAUCCAAGGUGUGGCCCUGCUGUCCGAUGCCUUCCCGCAAGAAGUCCUGCCCUUCCUGCUGGCCCAGUACGGGAGCGCCCAGACGGCAGAGAUCAGGAUGAAGGUGGGGGAGGUGCUGCUGCGCACCACUCGAGCGCUGGGAGAUCUGGUCUUCCGGCACCGAGACACGCUGAUCCAUGCUUUCUUGCGGGGGGUCCGAGAUCCUGACCGCUCUCUCAGAGCCAGCAGCCUGUCCAACCUGGGGGAGCUGUGCCAGAUCCUCGGUUUUCAGCUGGGCUCUGUGGUCCAUGAGCUGGCUUCCUGCUUAGCAGCCAUAGUAAAAACCGACCGUGAGGCCGAGGUCCGGAGAGCCGCGGUCCAUGUGGUGGUGCUUCUCCUGCGGGGACUCAGCACGAAGGCUGUGGAGGUUCUCCGGGACGUCCUGCUGGAUCUCUACCGCCUGCUGAAGUUCGUGGUGUGCUGCGAGCAAGAUGAGGUCACCGUGCUGCACGCCCAGCUGGCCUUGGAGGAGCUGGACAACAUCCUCAGGCAGUUCCUCUUCCCCCCCCAGGCUCUGCAGAAGAAGAUUGAGGUCCUGCCCUAGGGACUGCCGCGCCAGACGGCCUCGGAACUGAGCCACGCACGUGUGGGGCACAUGGAGCGUGGGGCUGGCGCACCCGGCCCUCCAA